AUGUCUUCCGACGGAAAUUCUGAUAAUUCGGGUACUAUUUCUCCUGCCAAUAAUUUAUCUACUUCUUCGAGCUCUGUUUAUGUGCCUAAUCUGUCUGGAAACCCGUCUCUUUCUCCACAAUUGUUGCCUUUAUUCCGGCCCUUUAAGACAUGUGUCGGGGUGUGGAGUCAAGCUCAAUCUCUGUACACUAAUGAUGUCUCUCAAUUCUAUAAUGUUGUUGACAAUUUGGUUAACUUGAAGAAAGAUGGUAUUGAUAUGGAAACUUUUCUUAGCAAAGCCCAAAGUUUGAUUGCUGAGUUUGGUACACUCAUGCCUAUUGGUGGUACACCCACAGAGCAACUUACCCAACGAGAGAAAUUCUUUGUCAUACUUCUCUUAACCAAAUUAGGUCCAGAAUUUGAAAGCAUCCGGAAUCAAGUUCUUGGAAGCAACAUUGUCCCGGGGACCACUGAGUUGUUCAAACGGCUCUUGCAGGUCACCUCCAUUCCGGGUACUCACACAUCCACUACCGAACAAUCUGCUCUAGUCACACAAGGAGGUCGCAGACGAACUAACAAUCGUGGUGGACAGAAAAACACUAGAGUGUGUGAUUAUUGUAAUAGAACUGGGCACACACGAGAUCAGUGUUGGAAACUUCAUGGGAGACCGGUACGUACGCAAGCAAGUGACCGGUACGUACGCAAGCAAGUGUUGCUCAAUCUCAACCUGGGGAACCAAAUUCUCGAACCAUUUCCGCUGCUGAGUAUGAAGAGUUUGUUCGAUUUAAAGCCACUCCCAAAGCUUCUGGUUUAA